UUACGACUACUGAGAGAUCAAAACGGUGCGUUUCCGGUUUGGUUCCCCUGUUCCAUGAGCAAAAGCCCUAACAGUACCUUCGUUUGGCUAUCGGGAAAAGAAAAGAAAAUUCGGAUUCUUAUACCUGGUUUGGGAUUUACAGGCAGUUAUAAAAUUCAGUCUCUCUUUUCUUUGCUCCCGAUUUCUCAGCGGCAAUAUUCCGAUUUCAUGUUUCAUUUAUCUUUGCUUUCUCGGCGAGCAAACGAAAAUCAAUACAGCACAACUUUCCGAUCUCUGGAAACUUUAGAGAAAUAACAGGAACGCCUCUCUCGCUCUCUUGAAUGUUCCACUUCUCCAAAUAGAAUAAGUCUCCAUACUCUACACACGCAUUUUCGUUUUUUAUACCUUUAUCUUACUGGUGAAUCAAUUGCGGUAAAGCAAAAUUAUUGAAUUGAAUUAGUUUAAUUGUGUCCGUUUAUUAUAUCUGCAGUUUGAAUUAUGGAAUUAAUUUUAGUCCAUGCAUUAUAUUAAUGUUCAAUUAAUUAGUUGUGGUUUUGAUUAAGAAUAGAUUAAGCUAAUUUGCAUUGGCAAGAAACAGGUGUUUGUGUGUGGAUUUGGAUAUGAAUGGAUCAUGAGGUUAACAAACAAGCUCGCUUUGUAUUUUGACUAAGUUAGGUCACUCUUGAUUUAAAUCUAUGUCUUUGUACUUAUUGACGGUUUUCUAAUUGUUUGUCAAGUUUUUUUUCUUUUCCUUCAUUUGGGAACGACAGUUGGUAUUCAGCGAUAAUUUUACAUAUUAGCUUUUUGCUCUAUAUCUUCAAGUGAUUGUAUUGCUUUCAGAACUCGUAAAACAUCUCUGAAUGGAUAGAACCGAAAAUAUGCUAUUACAAGGGAAGUAUUCAUGGUAAAAAAAAAUAUGUAUUGCAAAACAAGAUUUUUUGGCAUGUCUUGGAACUUCAUUAUCAUACCAUGGUUGAGAACUUCGUAAAUACUCUUUUAAUUCAUGGCAAUUGCAGUUUUCACGACGAAGGGUAUAUGACCUGUGUAAAACUGUACACAUUUAAAAUUCUCAUUGAUAAGUUUGAGCUUCUUAUGAAUGUCCUGUUUAUGUACCGUUUAGUGAUUAGUCUUAAUGGUCAUUUAUAGUUGAUUAGCUACAUAGAGAAAAACACACACAAAAAAAAAAAAGACAGCAUUGCUUUAGAUGGAAUAACACCGUCUUCCUAUUGAUCUUGUCUCACUCAAGUGGAAACUUUCUAAUUUCAAAUUGCAUCACUGUAAUGUUAUUCAAACAUUGUCUUUAACAUUCAAGAAGCUUUCCUAAACAUGCUAUUAAAUAGAAAAAGAAUAUUCUGUUUGUAUUUUGAUUUUGAUUUUUUGUAUUAAUAAAUAUUACGUAAUCUAGAUUGGUGUUUAUCUGAUAUGGCCCUAACUUGAUUUGGUUUUUCAAUCAGUACUUAGUUAAUUGUAGUGGGAAUUCACAUAGAAACUUUUUUGGAAACUGAUGUGUAUUAGUCUCUUUUGUGACAUGUGUCUUAUGGUUAAUGUGUAUUAGUUUCUUUUGCGAUUUUUUUUUUUUUUUGUCCUUUCCUAUUCUCAACCAAUUUUCAUAUUUUUGUCUUAUGCACGUGCACACCACACAACUUAUGUUAUCUUAAUUGUUUUCUUUAUAUAGAAUUGCAUGGGUAUCUAUGAAUAUUUAUGGAAUUGCUUGGAUGUUUAAUUUAAUGUCGUGAAGAGAAUGCAAUGGCGGGAUUUUUGAGGAUAUUGAGUGCAUUGAUUAGGACAUGAAAAAGAGUUUUCUAAGGUCUGUUAAUUUUUAUAAUCUAGGGGUACCUUAAUGAUGGAAAAUAUUUCUUUCUUGGGUUAAUUGACUUCUUAGGGAACGUGUAAGAUAAGGAUACAUGCAUAUGCUUUCUUUUACUUUUCUUUUUCCAGUGGCUCUCUUUGUAUACUUCAUGUGUAAUGAGGUCGUGCCUCUUCUUUUAUUUAGUACACAAAAAAAAUGGAGAGGAAGAAUUCAAUCAUAAGAAAAGAUUCUAUACUGCUAUGUUGCAGUAUCUAAGGUGAAUUUGAUUACUAUUGUUGCAUUGUCGAGCUACUUGAUGGUCCUACACAGCUGAAGGUUGCAUUCAAUAUUCACUAUGAUUGUAGUGCAUUUGCUUACAUGAAUAUUUGUUAAUUUAAUUCUCAAGGCUAAUGCAAAGAAGGAAGAGAAGACCCAAAAAAGAUUUACCAUAUACAAUAAUGCAUAGUGUUUUUGAAUGUUGAGCAUGGGAGCACUGUUGGUUUCAUUUUUCUAGAACAAAAGAAAUUCUAAUGCCCCAUAUACAAUAGGGUAAAGAUGUAAAGUUGUAAAAGAUUGAAAAGACUGUUGAAGUUGGAAAAUGGAGAGCAAAAAAUUCAUCAUUGAUUCUAAGGCAUUGCUAUAAGGCUAUAUAUUGAACAAAAAUUCUAAAUCUAGAAUCUAAAGAGGGCAACAAAGAAUUUAAACAAGGAAACAAAUUAUUUCUGGCAAAAUUUUAGUAUCUACAUAAUAUUGUACAACUAUACAAUACUUAACCAUGGAAACUAUAUUACAUGGUUAAUGAUCCAACUUCAAUUCUUCUAAUACUCCACCUCAAACCAGUGUAAAGAUGUUUUGCAUUCCUAGUUUAUUAGUCAUUUGUUGAAAUGCCAAACUUUGAAGUCCUUUGGUGAGAACAUCAACUAGUUGAUUAGUAGAACAUGUCUAUGGUGUGCACGCAUAACCACUUGAUGAUAGAAGGAACUUCAUGAGAGGAUAUUUGAAUGAGAAAGGCUUGAAAAAAAUGUUGAAAUGUAACAAAUUGAGAGACAAGGUGAUGAGUGCAAGAUUUAGCUCUUUUUUGGAUGACAAUAGGUAAAUUCUCCAUUAGGGAUACUAACACGUCCCAAGACUCUUUGGGUGGUUUUCAUCCUUGACAUGCUCUAGGAACUUGCCUUCAAUGGUCACCUUGAGCACGUACAUUACCUUUGUUUGUUUUAAUUCUCCACUUUCUAAGGGCUUCAACAUUUCAUGGACUUAGUGGUAUGUUGCUGCUUCCACCAACUACUUCCCAUAAAUCACGACCUUUAAAUAGGAUUUAAUUAUGGUUUCCCAAUUUUUAUAAUUGUGUUUGCUCAAUCGAUGAGCCCACUCAUGGUAAAAUCUACCAUUGUGAUCUUUACCAACAAGCCUGGUCCAAAUGUAAUCAAUUCUACCAUUCUAGUUGGUAGUCCAUCAUGAUCUUUGUAGCGUCUUUAUCUCUUGGUCCUUUACCACACAAUUUCUCAAAUAGUGGUCCUUAACCAUGCAAGACCUUGAACAAUUGGCCUGUAAUCUCCUUCUCUAAUACCAAAUUGUAGAUAGAUACCUAUGACUUCUAAGAAAUAAUUAUGAAGAAAUGGUAAAAAUGUUAUCACCAAAUAUUGGAGAAAUAAUUGUACCAAGAAACUACUGCACUCAAUAUUACAUGUAGAAUGUCACCAAAUAUUCAACCCAAAACCAUGCAUUGAAGCAAUAAGAGGCCCAUGUCUUCUUAAAUAUCAAAUCAUAGUAAAAAGGCCCACAAGCAAACAAUUAAAUAAAAACACUAAAUAGGCCCAAAAUACCAAUUAAAUAAUCCCAUUGAACUCUAAUUCUACAUAAUCAAGUAGCCUAACCUAAUUACCCUUUACCAAACAUUGCUGAAUCCCUAAGCAUUUUUUUCCUUCUUUUACCCAAACCCUCUCUUUCUACCAUAACUCCCGCAAUUGAAAGAGAUAAAGAGAGAAUGGGAACAAGGUUCUCUUUCUUUAAAGCUCUAAGGGUGAUUCUUUGAUCAUGGUAAUGAAAGGCAACAAUUGUGAUAGGCAAGGAGCGGCGGAAAAAACAAUGACUAAGAGGGCGACAACUAUGACAAUGAUGGUGAUGGAUUUCGAUUAGUGGUUGUGAUAGCAACAGUGGUGGUUGUAUGGUGGCCAACUUCAGCAAUUGUGGUUCCCUCAUCUAGAAUAGUGUUGAUCUGUUACCCUCAAACAAAUAGCCUCCCCACCCACUCUUACCCUUCUUGUAUGAAGCAUUUUAGGCCGAUCUAAAACUUUUGAAACAAUUUCAAAAACGAGAAAACCCCUCAUCCUUCGAUCUCUUGUUUGAAACAAUUUAAGGUUAAAAAGUUUUUCACACUAAAAAAGUAAGAUUUGUUUCCUCUUUUAAGCUUUUUUGGGUUCUUUCAUAUAUUCUCACUCAAGAAGAGAAAAUAGAUAGUGUGAUUAAGCACCAUUUCUAGUAAAUGGACGGUGAAGAUUGGCCAGAUCCACUUCCUAAAGGAUGGACCUUGAAGAAAUAUUCUAAUGGCAAGGUUUGGGCACAUAAUACGAGGACUGGACAGACAUUUCAUACAAAAAAAGAUCUCCUUCGUUAUGUGCAUUAUGCUGAAAAUGUGCUUCCUCUUUUUGCUAACAACAAUCUCCCAUAUGAAGAUUCUCAAGCUGAAGCAGAUUCCAAAGGCAAAGCUGUUGAUGAUAACGCAGGCGAAUCUGCAAAAGCUUUUGAUGAUAAAGAAGGAAAUUCAGAGCAACCUUCUGACAAUGAAGAUGGCAAUUCGGGGGAAGGUGAUGAUGAUGAUGAUGAUGACGAUGAUGACAGUUUGUAUGGAGGUUUAGACUUCAGCAAAGGCAUUUGGGGCAUAGAUGACGUUGAGAUAAUCGAACGCACCUCAUCCCAUGGUUCAGUUAUUGUAACUGAUGUCCCGAAUACCCACAAUAAUCAACUGCCAGAGAGAAACAUGAAGGUCCAGGCUGACCAACGGCCAGAGACGAAGAUGAAGACGAAGACCCAGAGAAACAAGAGAGCUGGGCCUCGGAAGAAAUUUCAAAUGCCUCCUAAGCGUUUUCGUGGAUCGGGCUCACGUAAGAACCGUCAUCAGAAGCCUUAGAAAGUUUCCUUCAGGCACAAAUAAGUGUUCUUAUGUUUGUUCUUCCUGUGAAAACUCCAAAAUACAUGUCUACCUGUGGUGUUUUAUUUAUGAUAUUGCUUUUCUAAUUA